AUGCUCGGCUUGCGCGCCCACCGCACGCGCUUCUUCUCCUCGAGCGCAUACACAACGAGCUGGACGCGUCCAGCAAUACCCACCGCAUUCCCGCGUCCCCGCGCCCGUCAAAAGCGACGCGUACCAUCACCAUGGGUGUCCGCACCCGCCGCGCUUGCAUUGACGAUCACCGCCGGCUGGCUUGCUUAUGAAUAUGUUCAGCCAGUACGACAUACGGCGCUCGCGGCGGUACGAUGCGCCCGGUGCGCAAAUGCGGUGAUUGGCAGCGCCGUGGAUUACAAGCUCACGUAUGCACGGGACUAUGAGGACGAGGAUGCGCGCUUGAGAGCGGAGAGCGAGUGCCAUUCACGCUCGGCUCAACGCGUACUUAAGGCUUUGAUUGCCAAUGGCGGCGUGUUCAUUAAACUCGGGCAACAUGUAUCUUCACUGAUCGUGUUACCCAUUGAAUGGACCUCCGCCAUGCGACCGCUGCAAGACAAAUGCGAUCCUACGGACUUCGAAGCCAUAGCAGCGUUGUUCGAGCACGACAUGGGCAUGCCUCUAUCUGAGUACUUCUCCACAUUCGACAAGGAACCCAUUGGCGUCGCAUCCCUCGCACAAGUGCACCGCGCAACUCUGGCUGCAACAGGCGAAGAAGUCGCCGUCAAACUGCAACACCCGCAUCUGGCAGAGUUCUGCGAAGUCGACAUGGAGAUGGUCGAGAUUGCGCUGGGCGCUGUGAAGCGCUUCUUUCCCGCAUUUGAGCUCACAUGGCUCGGCGAGGAGAUGCGCGAGAACUUGCCCAAGGAGAUGGACUUUGCGCACGAAGCGCGUAACGCCGAGCGCGCUGCGGCUGACUUCGCCCAUGUCCGCACGGCGCUGCAUAUCCCGAGCAUUGUCGCUGCAAAGCCGCGCAUACUCAUCAUGGAGUAUGUGCGCGGCGCGCGAGUGGACAAUCUGGAAUAUCUUGCAAAGCACAAUAUCGACCGAAACAAAGUGGCGCUUGAGCUUGCGCGCAUCUUCUCCCGCAUGGUGUACUUGAACGGCUGGUUCCACGCCGACCCACACGCUGGCAAUCUACUCAUCCGCCCUACACCACCCGGCUCACGCUCGCCGUACAACUUUGAGAUCUCGCUACUUGACCACGGGUUGUACUUCGACUUGUCGGACCAGCUUCGCGUCGACUAUGCCCGCCUCUGGCUCGCAUUCCUCAUGCCGGGCUCGAAAGAAGUUAUAGAGCUACGCAAGGAGCUGGCGUGGAAAGUCGGAAACGUCUCGCCCGAGCGAUACUACGUUUUCGAGACUGCGUUGACCGGACGGGCAAACAUGGAGGGCUCAGGUGGACCAGAGGAUACUGCACGACCGGACUUCGAGCGCAAGUCGUCCUUGACGGAGCUGGGUGCGAUGUCCGAGGCUGAACAGGAUAGCAUUAGAAGGGCUAUCGCGAGCAAGCAGGGACUGCUGAGCGAUGUCAUGGCUGUAUUGCGAGGAGUGCCGAGGAGGGUGCUUAUGGUGUUCAAGUUGAACGAUCUCACACGGGCUUUGGAUGCUGCGCUGCAUACCACACACCACGGCGCACGGGUGUUCCUUGUGGGUGCAGAGUUCUGUGCACGAGCGAUCUUCUGGGACGAUGUAAAGUCUCUGGGUGCUCUCGCGAAGGAGCAUGGAGUGCUUGCACCUUCAGUCGUAUGGGGAUACUUCAGGGCUGCUUGGGCGUACGAGCGGACUGCACUGCCUUUGGCUGCUGUGGCCCUCGCUAUGGACGCUGGCGCCGCUUGGGCACGGACGAGGGAUUGGGCGGCCGGCGUAUGGCGCGGUGGGUGGUCCGGCGGAAGGAAAGCUGCUGCAGGGCUUGAACUAGCGUAG